GCCCCCUGGGCGCCGCCAGAGUGGACGGUUCCAGAGGUAUGCUAAUGAGGGGCCGGGCGCCGCAGCCCAUUGGCCGGCCGCGGAGUGUCGGUGAAGUCAGCGCCGAGUCUCAGAAAAACAGAGCGGGGCCAACUGCAGCGUGUAGUGCGAGCAGGGCAGGACACGCGCGCCGGCCCGCCCGGCGACCCGCGAGCAGCCAAAGGAAGAACGAGGGAGCGAGCGACAGGAUGGAGGCAUUUCAGAGUAAUUCAGAGUCCCAGUUGCAGAAGGCUUGUCUUGCUACCACCAUGAGCUCCAAAUGUGAUGUUGGUACCUCUGGAGCCGUUGUGAAUGGCUUGGCACCUAGCAGCAAUGGGCAAGACAAAGCAACCGCCAACCCUUUACGUGCACGCUCUAUUUCUGCUGUUAAAAUAAUUCCUGUGAAGACAGUGAAAAAUGCUUCAGGCCUGGUCCUCCCUCCAGAUAUGGAUCCCACAAAAAUCUGCACUGGAAAAGGAGCAGUGACUCUCCGGGCCUCAUCCUCUUAUCGGGAAGCCCCAACCAGUAACCCUACAAGCCCUCAGGAAACCCCAGAACAUGAAAGCAAGCCAGUUCUGGAGCCAGAGAAUUCUUCAGCAGAUGAGUGGAGGCCUUCUUCCAGUGCUGAUGCCAAUGGGAAUGCCCAACCCUCUUCUCUUGCUGCCAAAGGCUACAGAAGUGUGCAUCCGAGCCAUCCGGCUGACAAGCCCCAGGAUGCCACUUCCUCCGGCCCAGCUCAGCCUGAGGUAAUAGUUGUCCCUCUCUACCUGGUUAAUACUGACAGAGGGCAAGAAGGCACUGCCAGAUCUCCAGCAUCUCUGGAGCCACUUGGCUGCAUCCACACUACCCUGGUGACCACCCCUGCUGCCUUACCUCUGACCUUCCCGACUCUAGAUGAUUUCAUUCCCCCUCAUCUGCAGAGGCGGCCCCACCACAGCCAGCCAGCCAGUGCUUGUGGCUCCCUUCCCCCUGUUAGCCAGACACCACCAUCCUUCUCACCACCACCUCCGCUGGUCCCUCCCAUACCGGAGGACCUCCACAGAAUCUCCGAGCCUGACCUCACGGGAGCUGUUUCAAGUACCGGUUCCAGUCCUCUACUAAAUGAAGUUUCUUCUUCUCAUAUUGCAACUGAUUUGCAAGCCUUUCUACCAGCUAGCAAACCAUCAUCUGUUUACCCCUCCACAACAAUUGUUAAUCCCACCAUUGUACUCUUGCAGCAUAAUAGAGAGCAGCAAAAACGACUCAGUAGCCUUUCAGAUUCUGUCUCAGAAAGAAGAGUGGGUGAGAACUCAUCACCAACCCAGGAAAAACCCACAUCACCCAGCAGCACUACUGAAAAAAGAGCAAAAGAUGACAGUAGGCGAGUGGUGAAAAGCACGCAGGACCUAAGCGAUGUGUCCAUGGAUGAAGUGGGCAUUCCGCUCCGGAAUACUGAACGAUCAAAAGACUGGUACAAGACCAUGUUUAAACAGAUCCACAAACUGAACAGAGACACUCCUGAAGAAAACCCUUAUUUCCCUACGUACAAAUUCCCUGAACUUCCUGAAAUCCAGCAAAAUUCUGAAGAGGACAAUCCUUACACUCCUACCUACCAGUUUCCUGCAUCUACUCCUAGUCCUAAAUCUGAAGAUGAUGAUUCAGAUCUGUACUCUCCUCGAUACUCCUUUUCUGAAGACACAAAAUCUUCCCUUUCUGUGCCUCGCUCAAAAAGUGAGAUGAGCUACAUUGAUGGUGAGAAGGUAGUUAAGAGGUCAGCCACGCUUCCCCUCCCUGCUCGUUCUUCCUCACUAAAAUCCAGCCCGGAAAGAAACGACUGGGAGCCCCCAGAUAAGAAAGUGGAUACCAGAAAAUACCGGGCAGAGCCCAAAAGCAUUUACGAAUAUCAGCCGGGCAAGUCUUCCGUUCUGAACAACGAAAAGAUGAGUCGGGAUAUAAGCCCAGAAGAGAUAGAUUUAAAGAAUGAACCUUGGUAUAAAUUCUUUUCGGAAUUGGAGUUUGGGAAACCGCCUCCCAAAAAGAUAUGGGAUUAUACUCCAGGAGACUGCUCUAUCCUUCCUAGAGAGGAUAGAAAGACUAAUCUAGAAAAAGAUCUCAACCUCUGCCAAACAGAGUUAGAGGCAGAUUUAGAAAAAAUGGAGACGAUUAAUACAGCACCCAGUUCAAACUCACCACAGAGCUCAACAGUCAGUCCCACUCCAGACAUUUCUUCAGAGCCUCCUGGAUAUAUAUAUUCUUCCAACUUCCAUGCAGUGAAGAGGGAAUCGGAUGGGGCUCCAGGGGAUCUCAGUAGCUUGGAGAAUGAGAGGCAGAUUUAUAAAAGUGUCUUGGAAGGUGGUGACAUCCCUCUCCAGGGCCUGAGUGGGCUCAAGAGACCCUCCAGCUCAGCUUCCACGAAAGUGGAUCGUAAAGGUGGGAAUGCUCACAUGAUUCCUUCAUCUUCAGUUCAUAGCCGAACGUUUCACACUAGCAAUGCAAUAGGCCCUGGGUGUAAACACAAGAAGCCCCUGUCCGCUGCGAAAGCCUGCAUUUCAGAGAUCCUUCCUUCCAAAUUCAAACCUAGGCUCUCUGCUCCCAGCGCUCUUUUGCAGGAACAGAAGAGUGUCCUGUUGCCCUCAGAGAAGGCUCAGAGCUGUGAGAACCUUUGUGUGUCUGUUUCUUUGAAUGAUUCCAAAAGAAGCCUCCCCCUUCAGGUUGGGGGAAGCAUUGAGAACCUACUAAUGUGCUCCCGGCGGGAUUAUGACAGCAAGUCCAGCAGCACCAUGAGCCUCCAGGAGUAUAGCACCAGUACCAGGAGGCCCUGCACCCUCUCCAGGAAGGCUGGGCUGCACUUUACCAUGUUCUACCGGGACAUGCACCAGAUCAACAGAGCCGGCCUUUCCCUGGGAUCUAUCUCCUCCUCGAGUGUGCGGGAUCUUGCCUCCCACUUUGAAAGGAGCAGCCUGGCACUGGCCAGGGGUGAGCUAGGGCCCAGCCAGGAGGGCUCAGAACACAUCCCCAAGCAUACCGUCUCUUCCCGCAUCACUGCUUUUGAGCAGCUUAUUCAGCGGUCCCGAUCCAUGCCAUCCCUGGACCUGUCUGGAAGGCUGAGCAAGUCCCCCACACCUGUGCUGUCCAGGAGUGGAUUGGCCUCAGCCCGCUCAGCCGAGUCCCUCCUUGAGUCAACUAAGCUCUGUCCUAGGGAGAUGGAUGUGAUGAACACCAGCAGAGUCUAUGCUGCCCCCACGUGUAGCAAUAUAGCAGACCACGCCUUGGGCUUCCGGGGCCUCGAGCCUUCUGAGCCCCUCUCUACUUGCUCAGAUGAGCUGGACCACUGUUCAAAUAUCUCCAGUGACAGCAGAGAGGGCAGCGGCAGCAGCAUUCAUGGAGACUUCCCCAAACAUCGCCUCAACAAGUGCAAGGGAACCUGCCCUGCCUCUUAUACCCGCUUUACCACCAUCCGGAAGCACGAGCAGCAGCAGUCCUCUAGGCAGCCAAACUGGCGCUUGGAUUCCAGGGGUGACAAGAGCGUCUUCCUAAGGAAUAUCUACUUAAUGAGCCCCCUCCCUUUUCGGUUGAAAAAGCCCCUCCAGCACCACCCUAGGCAGCCUUCCCCUGCUGACUCCUCGGGCUUCCUGGUGGGCCAGAAGCCAGAGGCCCCCAGUCAGCCCCAUCUGGACCAGGCUGCCUCAGCAGGGAAGCCCUUGGUUCCCACCCGCCUGUCUUCCCGACACACCAUGGCUAGGCUUAGCCACAGCUCAGAACCCCCUCAGGAGAGACCUGUGGUCCUGGAGGACUGUUCACGGGCCAUUAAUAAUGGGAACUCUGUGCCAUGCUCAGACCACGGGCUGGACAGGAACAACAACCCUCAGAGUGAGCUGGCUCCAUCCCGUGGAGAUUCAGAGUCACCAAGACAUUUUAUACCAGCUGAUUACUUGGAAUCCACAGAAGAAUUCAUUCGAAGACGUCAUGAUGACAAAGAGAAACUUUUAGCGGACCAGAGACGACUUAAGCGCGAGCAGGAAGAGGCCGACAUUGCAGCUCGACGCCACACGGGCGUCAUCCCGACUCACCAUCAGUUUAUCACUAAUGAGCGCUUUGGGGAUCUCCUCAAUAUAGACGAUACCGCAAAAAGGAAAUCAGGGGCAGAGAUGAGACCUGCCAGAGCCAAAUUUGACUUUAAAGCUCAGACACUAAAGGAGCUUCCUCUGCAGAAGGGAGAUGUUGUUUACAUUUAUAAGCAGAUCGAUCAGAACUGGUAUGAAGGAGAGCACCACGGCAGAGUGGGAAUCUUCCCGUGUACCUACAUUGAGCUUCUUCCUCCUGCGGAGAAAGCUCAGCCCAAAAAGUUGCCGCCUGUGCAGGUUUUGGAAUAUGGAGAAGCUGUUGCGAAGUUUAACUUUAAUGGUGAUACACAAAUAGAAAUGUCCUUCAGAAAGGGUGAAAGGAUCACACUCCUUCGACAGGUGGAUGAGAAUUGGUAUGAAGGGAGGAUUCCAGGAACAUCCCGACAGGGCAUCUUCCCCAUUACCUAUGUGGAUGUACUCAAACGGCCACUGGUAAAAAACCCUGUGGAUUACAUUGACCUGCCUUACUCCUCUUCUCCAAGCCGCAGUGUCACUGCAAGUCCUCAGUGCCCGGGUUUCAGCAAGAUCAUCAUGCCAGCCCCCUCAUCUCUACCCCACCCCCGUAGAACCCUGUCCCCUGAGAUGCACGCUGUCACUUCCGAAUGGAUAUCGCUGACUGUAGGACUCCCAAGCAGGCAUUCUCUGGCCCUCACUCCACCUUUGCCUCCUCUGCCUGAGGCAUCUGUGUGUGACGCGGACCACUUCAUCUCAUCAGCAAGGGCCCGUCCCUCCCUGCCUGUUAGCCUCUCUCAGGGGAGUUGGUCGAAUCACCCUACCCCGCACUCAGGGGUUUCCCCACUGGCUUUGCCUGCUCCUCAGAAAACCUACUCACUGGCUCCCAGCUCGCAGGCCUCUCUUCAUGUCAAUGGAAGUGGUGGCUUCCACAUGCCAUCUUCAGGCAUUCACCAACAUGGCUACUCCCAGCCGCUAUUUGGGAGCUCUGAUAGGGUCAUCUCAGAGCUUAGCGGUGCCUUUAGCAGCCAGAGCAAACUUCAGCCCUGGCGAGAAGAGAAUGGACAAUAUGAAAGAAAAGCAGAGAGCAAGGCAGGUGAGAGAUGCCCUGGUGGACCCAAGAUCUCUAAGAAGAGCUGCUUGAAGCCUUCAGAUGUGGUCAGGUGCCUGAGUACUGAACAGAGACUUUCAGAGCUCCGCAUUCCUGAGGAGAGCCGGCCCAGCAAGCCUCUGGGCAGCACUUUUCCAGGAAGGGAGGCGGGGCAGACAGAGCUGCAUAGAGGUGGCGAGGCUGAGAGGAGAGCUGCUCAGAGUGGUAUGAGUCAGCCUUCUCAUCAUUCAUUGAGAGCAGGACCUGAUCUCACAGAAUCUGAAAAGAGCUAUGUGGAAGCAGUUUGCAAUGAGAUCAUAAACAUUGCCGAAAAAUCUGUUCAUUACUGCAGCACUGUCUCUCAUCCCCUUGACUUUCAUCACAAGGUAUCUCCUUCUGACAAUAAACCAUCUUUAAUCAUUUCUCAGCAACCUCAAGCCCAGCAGCGAAGAGUCACUCCAGAUAGGAGUCAAACCUCACAAGACUUAUUUAGCUACCAAGCAUUAUAUAGCUAUACACCACAAAAUGAUGAUGAGUUGGAACUCCAAGAUGGAGAUAUCGUCGAUGUCAUGGAAAAAUGUGAUGAUGGAUGGUUUGUUGGUACUUCAAGAAGGACCAGGCAGUUUGGCACUUUUCCAGGCAACUAUGUAAAACCUUUAUAUCUAUAAGAAGAAUGAAAAACCACAGAGAUUAUUUUUGUUGGAGAAAGAAUCAAAAUUCACAUACCAGUCUCUUUAUUUAAAUAUGAACCAGUAGGAGAGUUAAUGCAGUGGAUAAAGUAAGAAAUGAAAAAGAGGAAUAGAGAAGUGUUGUAUUUAAAAGCUAAACUCAUGUAUCAAGACUGAGCCAUGUGCUGGACAAAAAUAAUAACAGUAAAUCUGUAUUUACUUAUUGGCCUCUGGAAGCUGCUCCAACCUGCCCCUCCCCCAUUUCUUGGGUAGCCUGACCUAAAGAGCUGUCCAGGAGUAGAGUUAGGCAGAAAUGCUAACCCAGCCUUAACAAGCCCCAUAUCCAAGGGGUCCUUGAGCCUAAAGCAACCUUUGGGAUGCCACACAGGUUCCCAGCCAUAUCCCAGAGGUGCUAAAGCUGAGCAUCUACUGACAUCCCAUUCUGCAUCCUGGCUACCCCGUAGAAAGCAGAUUUCUUCAAGUGCUACUAGGGUUCAGUGUAGGCUGCUGCUUAGGCUGUCCCCCAACAGUGGUGAAAAGGCCCCAACCUGCCCAAGGUCGAAUCUAUUCUUUGACCUUCUGAGGUCUAGGGGAACAAAUGGAGGCAAAUCAUCAGCCCUGUGCAGUGUGGUUGUUUGCCUAGGAACUUUGCUGUUGAUGGCCAUGAUGUUCAGACAGAAAAGCACAAAACGUUCAUUCUGAGAAUUGAGCAGGUGGCCAGGUAAAAAUGUUAUAUUCUUAUUUUCAUGUAAUCAUGUCAGGAAGCUCUGCAGCUCUAGAGGUUAUUUGCAGUGUGACCCUUUCCCUGGCUUUUAUAAACAAUCAACUUCAGGGCAGUGUAGCUGCACUUAUCAGGCCUCCACUGCUAACCUUUCAUCUCUGACUUCUGUUUGGCACAAACAGUUUGGGAUUGUUAGGCCUCUUCUCAUAGGAAUCCAGAGCAGUAUGUAAUGAUUCACUUAAAAUACACUGAUGGGUGUUGGCCUCUGGGACACCCACGAGUAAGACACACCAAGGCCAGAAGGACUCCGUGUCUCCAGGUUUACUCCCUGGAAGAGUUCAAGGGCCACUCAGAAUGUAGACCUUCAGGCUGUGAAUCCUAAGACACCUGCUAAGGGAUCCCCUUGGGGCACAGUACAGAAGCAGCUAUUCUGCCACUACUAGCAGCCACCAGGAGAUCUUCUUUGGUGGGUGCUGGGCCUGGGGAGGGGACCCCUGUGAUGCCCAGAGUUUCUAGUCACAAUCGUGUCCAAGAGGAGAUGAAGAUGUCUAUCAGCUUCACUGUUAGAUCCCUUAGUGACCAAAGAUAGAAGUCAAUGUUCCUUGCCUGCCAGGAACUCGGAGGUGACUGGGGAGACAGACACAGAAAAGGACCUUAAGACAGACUGUUGUAAGUGCUCGGAAGGUCGAGAGACAGAGGUGAGUUUCUUCUGGAGGGAUCCUAGAAAGCAUUGUCAUAUUUUUGUCUCCAUUAGCUUGUUUUUGAACAACUAGGAUGCCGGGAGAACUUUUUGCUCCAGGUAGUUUGUGGCUAGAAAUCCUUGAACAUUUUUCCAGAGCCUUCACCCUCUCAUCAGCCCCACAAAUACAUGUUUGAGGUCCCAAAUAGAAGUAGCAAUUCUCGGUCAUAGAGGUGUGUGUACUGGAAGCUCUGGGUCUCUGAGCACACCUAAGAAUUACCCCAGAACCAGUGUCCUGAAGUCUGGAGUCUUUACAAGCCAGCAGAAUCUGUCUUCAGUGCCCUGAUUCAGCUGCCGCCCAGAUGCCCAGCUUAGGGUCCCACCACCACCCACCAGUGUGCUGCAUCACCCUCACCUUCUUCAGUGCUUCUCUCAAGGAGGCUCUCAGGAAGCAACCAAAUUUAAAUGACUCAUAAGGGGACUGAAUGUGUUACUCUUCCCAGAGACAUUUGUUAGCAAGAUGGACCAGAGCCUCAAUCCCAAGGAAAAAGACUGAAAUUGCGAGAAGGGGAUUUUUGGGCAGAAAGAGCCUUCAUGAUUUUCUUUAGGUCCUAGUGAUAAUUAGACAUAUUGCUUUGGAAGGUCUGCUCCACCUUUGACGAGCACUAUUGCUUUACUUUCUCUCUCUGAGGGAAUACAAUAGAAAUGCAUAUGCACGUGCAUCUUGCACAGCAGCAUCACACCGUUUUUGGAAUGUAAUCUUUUUAUUGGCUAAUGUGUUUUCUGGUCUUUCUUAGAUGCAAACCAUUAACAAUGUGAUCGAAUCUAAUAGUUUUUUGAGGGGUGCUUCUUGAUUAAGUAGGUAAUUUUGAACACCUCUUUAAAUACAGCUAGAAAAUAAAACCAAUUUGUAAAGCCACAUUUGCAUACAAUGCCAGCCUCGCAUCUUUGUAUGUUUCUCAAAAUCGAGGUAUGCUUCACCAAUUUGCCCAUGGUUAAUAAAAUAAUACGGUAAAAUGCAUUACUUCUGCUUCCUAUGUAUGACAAAAAAAAAAAAACACAAGUGUUUCCAAUUACUCUUUUGUCUUCAGAUAUUUAGUAAUAUAAAGUACUUAUUUUUAUGCUGAAAUGUUUCUACAGGUUUAUUACACCAAAUGCAACCAACUGAUGCAUGCCUUGAUAUUUUAGCCAUGCUUCCAGGCUAAGGCAGGCCAGAACUACUUAACUUUUGCAGUCUCUCUGGGAUCAGUAAAAGAAAAAAAAAGAUCAUGUGCUUGAGAAGUGGGACUGUAAAUAUGUACAUUUAACUUUGUAUAGCCAGUGUACCUAUCUUGUAUACAAAACAAUUUUAAAAAUUUGAAUGGAAGGGAGGAAAGAUAAGAAAGUCAUUAAGUUUUGCCUUUUUAUUUGAAUGAAAGAAUUCCAAAUAACUUACCUGCAGACUUUUAGCACAAAAAUACCCGCCAUACACUAUUAAAAUUUACAAUAAUUAUUCUCUUGGGAGAAGAAGGUAUAAUCUCAAUUAGAACUUUUAAAAAUUUCAUUUCAUUGAUGGAUUUUUGCAGUCCUAUUUAUCUGCAGUAGCAUUAAGUUCUAUUGCUAGAAUAGGUUACUACAAAAAGAUAUUCUGAAAGAAAACCAACUGACAUAUAACCAAUUAAUUUAAAGUGUUUCACUUAAAUUACACACUGAGAGCAUGUACUAUGCAGGCACAAAUUUUUUGUUCAUUUAUUUUUCCUUGUUGAAGUGAAUUUGAUAAAUAGAUGUGUUGAAUUACUACCUUUAUUGUACAUAUUAUUUAAUAAACUUUAUUUCGAACUGUGUGGCAUAUGAA